AGAGAGAGAGAAGAAAAAAAAAUCAAACAUUUAUUUUGCAUACUAAAAAAAAAAAUUCAUCCUUUCUUUCUAGUGUUUGUGUCUGCCCUUUUAGUUUUUGAAGUUUAAUUAGUUUAGCUAUUUUGAAGUUGUUGCUUUUGCUCACUAGAUUCUUUUCAAGUUUAGCUUACUUUCUUGGGUACUAAAUUAAUUUUCUUUACCAAAAUCAAAAUUACAAAACCCAAAAAAGUGUUUAUGUUAAUUAACAACUAAACCCAAGAAAGAAUACAAACAAUAUUCAUACAAAAAAUUUAUCAUUUCCAUUAUGGGGAAGAUGGUUGCUCCCUUCUCAAGUUGGCCAUGGGAGAAUCUUGGAAAAUUCAAGUAUCUGCUAUAUGGACCUAUCAUUGCAAAAGUGAUUCAAACACAGAUUCAAGGUUUCAACUUCAAGAAUGAUUGGUUUCUUCAUAUUCUCAUAAUUUCUGUUCUUAGAUUUGCUGUUUAUUUUCUCUGGAGCUGUUUCGUCAACAUGUUGUUCUUGACAUUCAAUCGCAAGAUAAACAAUCAAGGCUACGAUUUUAAGCAAAUCGACAAAGAAUGGAAUUGGGAAAAUUUCAUACUUCUUCAAGCUCUAAUUGGAUCCAUGGCAUUUUAUACGUUUCCAUCAAUAGUUGAAAAUGUUCCAUUUUGGAACUCAAAGGGCUUAAUUGCAAUUUUACUACUCCAUAUUGGAGUUUCUGAGCCUUUGUAUUAUUGGGUUCAUAGAUAUUUCCAUGGAGGUUAUCUCUUUUCCCAUUAUCAUUCAAUCCACCAUUCAUCUCCUGUACUACAUCCUUUUACAGGUGCAACAAAAUCAUUUUUGGAGCAUCUUAUACUUGCCGCAAUUAUUGGAAUUCCAGUAAUUGGGUCAUUAAUCAUGGGUUAUGGAUCGAUAAUCACGAUUUAUGGCUAUAUUUUGGUGUAUGAAUUUCUCACAUGUUUAGGACAUUCAAAUGUUGAAAUUAUCCCACAUCAAUUGUUCGAGAAAUUUUCAUUCCUACGAUAUCUCAUUUAUACACCAUCGUAUCAUAGCCUGCACCACACAGAGAUGGGCACCAACUUCUGCCUGUUCAUGCCUUUAUUUGACGCAAUAUGGAACACCCUUAAUAGCAAUUCUUGGGAACUUCAUAAGAAAAUAAGUUCUAAUGCAGAAAAGAAAGGGAGAGUGCCAGAAUUUGUGUUCUUGGCGCAUGUAGUAGAUGUGGGUUCGUCAAUGCAUGCACCAUUUGUUAACAGAUUUGUUGCAGCACAUCCUUACACUCCAUGGCACUCUAUGGUGCCUCUCUGGCCACUGGCAUUUGUUGUUAUGCUCAUCAUGUGGGCUAAGGCUAAGACCUUCCUCAUUUCUUUCUACAAUCUUAGAGGCAGGUUUCAUGCUACUUGGGCUGUGCCUAGGUUCGGUUUUCAGUAUUUCCUGCCAUUUGCUCAAGAGGGCAUCAAUAAUCAUAUAGAAGAAGCCAUUCUAAGGGCUGAUAGAGAUGGGGUCAAAGUCAUUAGCCUUGCUGCAUUAAAUAAGAAUGAAGCUCUGAAUGGAGGGGGAACACUGUUUGUAAAUAAGCACCCAAACCUAAGAGUUAGAGUGGUUCAUGGAAAUACAUUAACAGCUGCAGUUAUUCUAAAUGAAAUUCCUAAAGAUGUGACUGAAGUAUUUCUAACAGGGGCUACUUCCAAACUUGGUAGAGCCAUUGCCCUUUACCUUUGCCAAAGAAAAGUUAGAGUCCUUAUGUUGACAUUAGCAACAGAAAGGUUCCAAAAAAUUCAAAAAGAAGCUCCUUUGGAUUGUCAAGCAUACCUUGUCCAAGUCACAAAGUACCAGGCAGCCCAAAAUUGCAAGACGUGGAUUGUUGGGAAAUGGAUAACACCAAGACAGCAAAGUUGGGCUCCAAAAGGAGCCCAUUUUCAUCAAUUUGUGGUUCCACCAGUUUUGCCAUUUAGAAGGGAUUGCACUUAUGGAGAUCUUGCUGCCAUGAGAUUGCCUGAAGAUGUCCAAGGCCUUGGAAGUUGUGAGUAUACAAUGGAUAGAGGAGUAGUACAUGCAUGCCAUGCAGGCGGAGUGGUACAUUUACUAGAGGGAUGGAAGCACCAUGAAGUUGGAGCCAUUGAUGUGGAUAGGAUUGAUCUAGUUUGGAAUGCUGCUUUAAAGCAUGGUCUCAAGCCUGUCUCUAGUAGUGCCGCCCAACAAAAAUUUAAUGUUGAAUGACCCAACGGUUCAACAAAGGGAAGAAAGAAAUUUAAAUAUUAUUUGUAACAAAAAAGGUCUUUUUUUUUGUUCUUUUUAUAUAAGAAGAUGGGGAGAAAUGAAAAAUUGGGAAUUUUAAUCAAGUUGUAAUUCAACAUUGGUUAUAAUAUCAAUAUGUACUUGUUGAUUUCACCUAUACAUUAAUGAAGAAAAGUUACCAUUCCAUUUUCAA